GUGUUUCUGCUGCAGCAUGGAUUCUGUGCCAGAGCCCAGGUCAGUCAGACGUUCCCAUCGCACGUCAAAGUCACCGGACAACAACGCAGCCAAAGUAAGAUAUGCCAGAGAGUAGGAGUCUUGUCUGCUAGCUACAUGUCCAUGAUAAGAAGUGAAUAGAGCUAGCCAGCAUCUUGAAGUAGACUCACUGCAGCUCACUCUUGACUGUAGGCCAGGGUUCUUCAAUUCCGGUCCUGGAGGGGGCCGAAACACCUCUGUUUUUCAUCCUCUCCUUCUAAUCAGGGGCUAAUUCAGACCUGGGACACCAGGUGAGUGCAAUUAACUACCAGGUAGAAAUAAAAAACAGAAGUGUUUCGGCCCUCCAGGACCGGAAUUGAAGAACCCUUCUGUAGGCUAUAUCAGGGAUGGCUAACAACAGAGAUCCUGUUAAAUUACUAGAGGGGCAAUGUCAUAAACCAGAGUUCCAGAAUGGGGUGAAAAUGGCAGCCAUAUUGGUCAGGUCGAAAUCCAACCCAGUCUAAUUGGAAUGAAUGGCAGUAGAGGCAUAAUCCUGAUUUUACUUAUGCAGGAAAAUAAAACAAAGACGUGAUAUCAGAAGUUGUUUAACAUAAUUAUUAUCAAUAUAAAAUAUUGUAAUAUCAUAAAUAUAGUUCAUUCAGGGUUUAUACACAUUUUCUGUAUAAAUAGCCUCUAAAAUAUAUGUAAACAGACCAAUAAAUGUCAAAAUUUUUGUUUUCUUGGGAAGCUGAAAUUGCUAUUAUAUGAUCAGUACUUGUUGCAUUUACAACUUGUCUAAGUCCUAUCAACUGGUUUAAGCCAGUUCAAGGCUGUGGAUUGACUGCAUUGUUUGAAUGGAAUGUUGGCAUAAUGUCAGUUAAUUUGUAAAAGUAAUGGAAUCAUUCUUCUAAAACUGUCUGGCUAGCUAACUAACAAACAUGCAGUGCAGAUAAAUUCUUCAAAUCCAUUAUUUUACACAAUAUCUUAUCACAGCACUGGCAAACCACGGUUGACCUACUCCCUGACCAAAAUGGCUGACCUUUGGACCAUCAUAAGAAGGUUCAUGGCCAUUCUAGUAUUCUAAUUCAUAAUUCUAUGUGGCCAACUGGCUGCGUAGGCUUUUGCUCCAACCCUACACAAACACAUCUGAUUCAACCAAUCAAUGACCUGAGAAGCAGCGGACGACUAGAAUCUGGUGUGUUGAAGCAGGGUUGGAACAAAGUCCUCCCAUCCAGGGCUGGUCACCCCUGCUGCAGAUAAACCAGUUAGAUUUAAAACUGUAGUCGUUGCUGCUGUUCCAAAUGGCACCCUAUUGCCUAUGUAGUGCUUUUGACCAGGGCUCAUAGUGCUCUGGUCAAAAGUAGUGCACUAUACAGGGAUUAAUGUACAAUUUAAGACACAGCUGUAGCUGUUAAUGAUCACCGUGUUCAUUGUGGAGUUUGACCACGUAGAGACAUUUAAACCUUUAGACUCCCUGAAGCAGUUUUUCCACACACAGACAUUCACUUUACAAGACUGGGUAAUUUCUUCAAACAUCUUCAAUCUGUCUUUCACUCUAAUGGUCUCCUAAUCACUUGGAGAGUUAAUUUUACUGGGACAACAGAUAACUGUUCUGUCUCGCUUCAUGACUUCCUAACCUCAGUCUGUUACUCACCUCUGCCUCAGGAGAGCGGCAAGGCACGCAAGAUGACAAGCAACCUGCAGGAGACUCGGAGGAGAGGAAGAAUGGACAGAUGUAAAGGAGAAGAGGACAUAGCCAAUCAACUGCAGAACCUGGUACAGACUUUAGAGAAGAAGCCUAAAGGGAAAUUAAAUGUGGGAGGAAGAGUUUUACAUUUGUAUGUAAAUGAGUGUGUGAGAGAGAUGGAGAGGAAAGAGUGAAUCUAGAGAGAUGGAGAGGAAACAGUGAAUCUAGAGAGAUGGAGAGGAAACAGUGUAUCUAGAGAGAUGGAGAGGAAACAGUGAAUCUGGAGAGAUGGAGAGGAAACUGUGAAUCUAGAGAGAUGGAGAGGAAACAGUGAAUCUGGAGAGAUGGAGAGGAAACAGUGAAUCUAGAGAGAUGGAGAGGAAACAGUGAAUCUAGAGAGAUGGAGAGGAAACAGUGUAUCUGGAGAGAUGGAGAGGAAACAGUGUAUCUGGAGAGAUGGAGAGGAAACAGUGAAUCUAGAGAGAUGGAGAGGAAACAGUGAAUCUAGAGAGAUGGAGAGGAAACAGUGAAUCUGGAGAGAUGGAGAGGAAACAGUGAAUCUAGAGAGAUGGAGAGGAAACAGUGAAUCUGGAGAGAUGGAGAGGAAACAGUGAAUCUAACAUUUAGACUCUUUACAUAAUGUAUUAUGAACACAUAAUAACCUCAUCACUCAUCGUCUACUAGUGCAGAGCGAUUGACUUUUCCCCCGGUUAUUAAACAACUCAUUGACCGACGUCGGUUCAAUUACUUGAAUUCCUUUUACCUAGCUUUUUGUGUGAGCCCAACACGCCAUUUCUCUAGAGAGAAAUCAAAUAAUUCAUGAAAUCAAGUCAAGAACUAUGUGGGACGCUGGGCUGAAGGUAGUUGUCAUUUUUCAGUAAGAAAAUAUUAAACAGUGCAGAAAUGUUCUAAUGAACUACAAUGACCCUAAUCCAUUGCACCUGUUCUUUCCGGCGCGGACUGUGACGGAUACACUUGCUACACCUGCUACGUUAGGUUAGAUACACACAGACCACACGAGAGAGGAAUGUACACAAUGACAAGAGGAGACAGUUGGUGAAAGUAUGCCUUCUCUACUUUGAAGAACUAGUCAAAUGAUUUAGUCAGACAGCUCUGCAGCAUACUUAGGCAGGCUAGUUAAAUAGGAUGACUAAAGACAGGACAGUACGGGGAGCACAGAGAUAACGUUAGAUGAUCUGGCUGGCUGGCUGGCUGGCUGGCUGACUGCUACCGCCUGAGCAGAGAUGAGAUGAUGACUUUAAGGAAUGAAAAAGAAUAGUCAUCAAAUAAAAACUAAGUAAUAUAUAUAUAUAUAUACACAACUGAAAUAUGUUAUUAUUUAGUAAUUGACUGUUGUUCUGUUGACGUCUACCCAAUGUGGACCUGACAGAGAAUAUGGAAUAUUUUAUAUGGUUUUGACAAUUGAAUGCUCACAAUUUUUGGCUUUGGAAUUUCCAUUAAAAAGCUCUAAAAUCAAUGUAACGUCAUUAUUUCAUAAUACAUUUCAUGUAAAAAUGAAAUAAUCAAAAGCAAAAUAGAAAACUGUGAUUAUUUUCUAAUAAUCUAACCGAAACUGAAACAGACCUCAAAAAGCACUAAUUGCUCAGCACUAUUGGCUACUGUUGUCGUGUGUGUGUGUGUGUGCUCACGUAUUUGUGUCUGUGUGUGCUCACGUGUUUGUGUGUAGGAUCUGGGCAACAAGGCUUCUGCCACAGGGACUGGUCUGGUGUUCAACAAAAUAUUCACCCACCAUCGCUGUCUCUGGGACCCCAGGUGACUGUCAUGUUUUCUGAACCCUGUUCUUCUGUCUCCUUACUGCUCCAGGUGGGUACACUAUAUAUACAGAAGUAUGUGGACAACCCCUUAAAAUUAGUGGAUUCGGCUAUUUCAGCCACACCCGUUGCUGACAGGUGUAUAUAAUUGAGCACACAACCAUGCAAUCUCCGUAGACAAACAUUGGCAGUAGAAUGGCCUUAUUGAAGAGCUCAGUGACUUUCAACGUGGCUCCGUCAUAGGAUGCCACCUUUCCAACAAAUCAGUUUGUGAAAUUUCUACCCUGCUAGGCUGCCCCGGUCAACUGUAAGUGCUGUUAUUGUGAAGUGGAAACGUCUUGGAGCAACAACGGCUCAGCCGCGAAGUGGUAGGCCACACAAGCUCACGGAAAGAGACCGCCGAGUGCUGAAGUGCGCAGCGCGAAAAAAUAGUCUGUCCUCGGUUGCAACACUCACUACCGAGUUCCAAACUGCGUCAGGACAAUAACUGUUCGUCGGGAGCUUCAUGAAAUGGGUUUCCAUGGCCGAGCAGCUGCACACAAGCCUAAGAUCACCAUGCGCAAUGCCAAGCGUCGGCUGGAGUGGUGUAAAGCUUUCCGCCAUUGGACUCUGGAGCAGUGGAAACUCGUUCUCUGGAGUGAUUAAUCACGUUUCACCAUCUGGCAGUCCGACAGACGAAUCUGGGUUUGGCGGAUGCCAGGAGAACGCUACCUGCCCCAAUGCAUAGUGCCAACUGUAAAGUUUGGUGGAGGAGGAAUAAUGGUCUGAGGCUGUUUUUCAUGGUUCGGGCUAGGCCCCUUAGUUCCAGUGAAGGGAAAUCUUAACGCUACAGCAUACAAUGACAUUCUAGACGAUUCUGUGCUUCCAACUUUCUGGCAACAGUUUGGGGAAGGCCCUUUCCGGUUUCAGCAUGACAAUGCCCUCGUGCACUAAGCGAUGUCCAUACAGAAAUGGUUUGUUGAGAUCGAUGAGGAAGAACUUGACUGGCCUGCACAGAGCCCUGACCUCAACCCCAUCAAACACCUUUGGGAUGAAUGUACCCCAAACAACCCCAAACAACCUCAAACUGGUACCCCUGCAUUUAAAGUUUGACCUAAUUUCUGAUUCUGUAAGCAAUUAACGGACUGGUUUUAUUGAAAACUGAAUUGAGAAACUAUUGUGUUGCCCUGCUUCCAGCCAUCCAGAAUGCCCCGAGAGAGUGAGCACCAUAAUGGACAUGGUGCAGAAACAGGGACUGCUGUCUCGCUGUGUUAUGGUGGAGGUAAGAGAUUACAACACACAUACACCACAACAACACACCACCAGUGGAGAAACAGGGACUGUGGUCCUCGUCUGUGUUAUGGUGGAGGGUAAGAGAUUACAACACACACACACCACACACGUGAGAAACGGGACCGUCCCGCUGUGUAUGUGAGGUAAGAGUUACACACACAUACACACACACACACCACAUGGAGAACAUGGACUGCUUCUCGCUUGUUAUGUGGAGGAAGAGAUUACACACACAUACCACACACACACACACAUGGAAACAGGCCUGUCUCACUUAUGGUGAGGUAGACAUACACACACUACACACAACACACACACACAGUGGAGAAACAGGACUGCUGUCUCGCUGUGUUAGGUGGAUAAGAGAUUACAACUAUUGCACAGGGACUGCUGUCUCGCUGUGUAUUGAGUAGAGAUUACAACAUACAAUACCACACCAGUGGAAAACAACUGCUGUCUCGCUGUUUAUCAAGGUGGAUACAAACGCAUCCACGACCAUGGCAACACAGGGACUGGUCUCGCUGUUUAGGUGAAGUAAAGUAUAUUACAUACAUAACACUAAACAUGAAAUGGAUUGUCUGCUAGUUAGUAGUGUGGUUGCCUCCCCACAACAUGGACAUUUUGUCGGUUGUUAUUCGUGAUGUUUCACACUCUCACUCAACCAUGACUCCCAGGCACAACACCGUGCGUCUAACGAGACUGCUGUCCGCUGUUUAUGGUGAUACAGAGAUUCACAACUGCUACACACAGCACACACACACAUGGAGAAACAGGACUGUGCCUCGCGUGUUAUGGUGGAGGUAAGAGAUUACAACACACAUACACACAACACACACACACACACACACACAGUGGAGAAACAGGGACUGCUGUCUCGCUGUGUUAUGGUGGAGGUAAGAGAUUACAACACACAUACACACACACACACACACACACAGUGGAGAAACAGGGACUGCUGUCUCGCAGCGGUGGAUUGAUUGAUUGAUUGAUCAAUCGAUGUAUUGAUAGAUUGAUUGAUUGAAGGAAGGGCCAGUGGAAGAACAAAAGAGACUGUUGUUUACUCAAGGUGGACUACUAGAAUGCGCGUCCGGUCAGCAACAUCUCAGGGACUGGUCUUCGUCCACGGAUCUGAGGUUGAACAACACCGCUAUAUUAUGUUAACACAAAGUAGUUAGACAUGAAAUGUAUUUAUUAUCAUAGUAGUCAGUGCUGGUUGCUUCUCCACAGUACAUUGAUAUUGUAUGUAUUGAACCAUUCGUUGUAUGUUCAUAUCUCUCUCUCACCAUGUUCUCCAGGCUAGGGCUGCGUCUAACGAAGAGCUGCGGUUAGUUCACACGUAAGUCUCUUAGACUGCGUUUACACAAGCAGCCCAAUUUUAAAUAUCUUUGUUCACUAAUUGGUCUUUUGACCAAUCAGAUCAUUUCUGAAAAAGAUCUGAUGCGAAAAGAUCCGAUGUUGUUGUGAUUGGUCAAACGACCAAUUAGCGGGGGAAAAAAGAUCAGAAUUGCGCUGCCUGUGUCUUUUAAAUUCUGUGUAGAAUGCCCAACAAUUAUGUUUAUAUUUUCAUUCACGUGUUUGUUGUGUAAAUGUGGCCUGUUGUAUCUAACAGGAAGGAGUAUGUAUCUAACAGGAAGGAGUAUGUAUAAAUGUUGUAUCUAACAGGAAGGAGUAUGUAGAUCUGAUGAGGUCCACUCAGCAGAUGGAUGAAGACCAGCUGAAGACGCUGGCUGACACCUAUGACUCCAUCUACAUCCACCCUGUGAGUAACUGUUUUAUUCAAACACUGAUGAUAUCCGGGCCGGUUCAGAGUUGAGAUGACUACAGGCGACUCAGUAAAUCAUUCAUUGAUGUCAGUGGGAGGCUUGCUAGAAAAUGUGAGUUAAGAGUGCAGAUCUCAAGUCAGAAUAGGCCCUCUGUUGUUGAGUUAUCAAGACUAUGGCAGUGGUCACUGGGGAUGUAAAGGAUGUCAUGGUUAAUACUAAAGAGUAUACUACUUUAUCCCCUCUGUUAAUAUAUUUUCCUUCUCUCUCUUUAUCUCUCUCUCUCCUCUCUCUCUCUCUCUCUAUCUCUCUCUCUCUCUCUCUUCUCUCUUCUCUUGUGUGUCUCUCUCUCUCUCUCUCUAUCUCUCUCUCUCUCUCUGGUCUCUCUUCUCUCUCUCUCUCUCUCUAUCUCUCUCUCUCGUCUCUCUCUCUCUCUGUCUCUCUCUCUCUCUCUCUGUCUCUCUCUGUCUCUCUCUCUCUCUCUCUCUCUCUCUCUCUGUCUCUCUCUCUCUGUGUCUCUCUCUCUCCUCUCUCUCUCUCUCUCUACUCUCUCUCUGUGUCUCUCUCUCUCUCUCUCUGUUCUCUCUCUCUCUCUCUCUGUGUCUCUCUCUCUCUGUGUGUCUCUCUCUCUGUGUCUCACUCUCUGUCUGUGUCUCUCUCCCCCCCAGGAGUCCUAUACGUGUGCCAGUCUGGCUGUGGGCUCUGUUCUGCAGCUGGUUGACAAGGUCAUGACCUCAGAGCUCCGGAACGGAUUCUCUGUUUCCAGGUAAAUGAUAUAUGUCUGUCACAGCUUUAUCAAUCUGAGGAUAUUGUUUUAAACAGAAAUCAUCUCUGAAUGUAACAUAUUUAAUUGACUUCUGUUUGUAGUUGUUUUUAAUUGACUGUAAUGUAUGUUUUCCCCUGACAUGUCCAGACCUCCAGGCCAUCACGCCCAGGUAGACAAGAUGAAUGGUUACUGUAUGUUCAAUCACCUGGCCAUCGCAGCGCGCUACGCACAGACACACCAUCGGGUGGAACGGUGAGUCACAUCACUGAUUGGUUGAUUGGUUGAUUGGUUGAUUGGUUGAUUGGUUGAUUGGCUAAUUGGCUAGUUUUUAAUUUUUGUUGAUUGCAGAGUUUCGAUUGGUUGAUAUGUUGAUUGUAGAGUUCUGAUUGGUUGAUUGCAGAGUUUCGAUUGGUUGAUAUGUUGAUUGUAGAGUUCUGAUUGGUUGAUUGCAGAGUUCUGAUAGUGGACUGGGAUGUGCAUCACGGCCAGGGGAUCCAGUACGUUUUCCAGGAGGAUCCCAGGUAGGUUCAUCUGAACCCAGUGGCCACGGAUACGGACUUUCUGGAUACCAAUUUGCCCAGGCAUUUCUGCGCAUGUGCAGGAUUUUUUUUUUUUUACGUAGCUGAGUGCCUUCAUAAUAUGUGUUUUGGAAUGUUGGUUGAAAUCGCCGCAGGGUUUUUAUUUCAGCUGUUCAGAGACACAGACUACAUGGUUCAGAAGAGGCUGAGUAUGUGCUCAGUUGUCAGAGCACCUUACCGAUCACUGCACCUGUACACAGCCCAUCUGAAAUUAGCCCACCUAACUACCUCAUCCCUAUAUUGUUAUUUAUUUUGCUCUUUUGCACCCCAGUAUCUCUAUUUGCACAUCAUCUCUUGCACAUCUAGCAUUCCAGUGUUAAUUACUAUUGUAAUUAUUCUGCACUAUAGCCUAUUUAUUGCCUUACCUCCAUAACUUGCUACAUUUGCACACACUGGAUAUAUUUUCUGUUGUAUUUCUGACUUAUGUUUUUUUUUUUACCCCAUAUGUAACUCUGUGUUGUUUUUAUUGCACUACUUUGCUUAUCUGGCCAGGUCGCAGUUGUAAAUGAGAACCUGUUCUCAAUGGCUUACCUGGUUAAAUAAAAGGUGAAAAAAAAAAAAAAAGUAUACAGAGAAACGUGGAGGGAGUGAGAGCAAGCAGCACGUUAGAAAAACGAAUGUGUGCGUUAUAAAAUAACACUCAGAACGUGAUCUGGACCUUUUGAGAAAGAGGUUUCCGGAGGGGGGGGUGAGGGCUGGGGGGGGCGGGGGAGGGUAUGUAUGGCGUCAAUGAUGAAGGAUGUAGAUCCAGCUAAACAUACUCGCGAUCGAAUGCAGAGACGAGAGGAUAGAGCGCAGAGAGUAUGUAGAGUGGAGAGGAAGAGAGAGAGCGUAAGUGGAAUGGGGGGGAGAUACUCUCUAGCUCGCUCGAGCUAAUUCGCUUCUUUCUAUUGUCAAUUCUCUCCCUUUCCCUCUCUCUUUCUCUCUCUCUCCUCCCUCCCUCCUCUCUCUCUUCUCUCUCUCUCCUCUCCUUUCUCUCUCUCCUCUCUCUCCUCUCUCUCUCCUCUCUCUGGUCAGUGUUCUGUACUUCUCAGUCCACAGAUAUGAGGAGGGUUCGUUCUGGCCCCACCUGCCUGAGUCAGACAGCAGUGCUGUGGGCACCGGGUCUGGAGAGGGAUACAACAUCAACCUGCCCUGGAAUAAGGUACUGCUUACUGGACUAGUUACUGGACUAGUUAAGGCCCAUUUACCUCUGAUGUCAUAUUAUCUCCUCAGUGUUUACCUUGUAUUCUGUAUUCUAAUGUUGUUGUAUUGAGGGUUCUGUUUUUCUAAUGUUGUUGUAUUGAGGGUUCUGUUUUUCUAAUGUUGUUGUAUUGAGGGUUCUGUUUCUAAUAGUUUGUAAAAUGUGGUGACAUUGAGGUUUAUUCUUUCCCUUUGUCGACAGAUUGGAAUGAAAGAUGCAGACUACGUUGCAGCAUUCCAACAGCUUCUUCUGCCUGUAGCCUAUGAGGUAUCGUUGUUGAGAUGGUUGUUAGACUUCCUCAAUAGUUUGGGUUUUAUAUAACGUAAUAGAGUAUAGAACAUAAAGAUGAUGUUCUUAGAAGAAUAGAACAUUCAGAUGAUGUUCUUAGAAGAAUAGAACAUUCAGAUGAUGUUCUUAGAAGAAUAGGAACAUUCAGAUGAUGUUCUUAGAAGAAUAGGAACAUUCAGAUGAUGUUCUUAGAAGAAUAGGAACAUUCAGAUGAUGUUCUUAGAAGAAUAGGAACAUUCAGAUGAUGUUCUUAGAAGAAUAGAACAUUCAGACGAUGUUCUUAGAAGAAUAGGAACAUAAAGAUGAUGUUCUUAGAAGAAUAGAACAUUCAGAUGAUGUUCUUAGAAGAAUAGAACAUUCAGAUGAUGUUCUUAGAAGAAUAGGAACAUUCAGAUGAUCUUAGAAGAAUAGGAACAUAAAGAUGAUGUUCUUAGAAGAAUAGGAACAUUCAGAUGAUGUUCUUAGAAGAAUAGGAACAUUCAGAUGAUGUUCUUAGAAGAAUAGAACAUUCAGAUGAUGUUCUUAGAAGAAUAGGAACAUUCAGAUGAUGUUCUUAGAAGAAUAGGAACAUUCAGAUGAUGUUCUUAGAAGAAUAGAACAUUCAGAUGAUGUUCUUAGAAGAAUAGGAACAUUCAGAUGAUGUUCUUAGAAGAAUAGGAACAUAAAGAUGAUGUUCUUAGAAGAAUAGGAACAUAAAGGUGAUGUUCUUAGAAGAAUAGGAACAUAAAGGUGAUGUUCUUAGAAGAAUAGGAACAUAAAGGUGAUGUUCUUAGAAGAAUAGGAACAUAAAGAUGAUGUUCUUAGAAGAAUAGGAACAUAAAGAUGAUGUUCUUAGAAGAAUAGGAACAUAAAGAUGAUGUUCUUAGAAGAAUAGGAACAUAAAGAUGUUGUUCUUAGAAGAAUAGGAACAUAAAGAUGAUGUUCUUAGAAGAAUAGAACAUUCAGAUGAUGUUCUUAGAAGAAUAGAACAUUCAGAUGAUGUUCUUAGAAGAAUAGAACAUUCAGAUGAUGUUCUUAGAAGAAUAGAACAUUCAGAUGAUGUUCUUAGAAGAAUAGAACAUUCAGAUGAUGUUCUUAGAAGAAUAGAACAUUCAGAUUAUGUUCUUAGAAGAAUAGGACAUUCAGAUGAUGUUCUUAGAAGAAUAGAACAUUCAGAUGAUGUUCUUAGAAGAAUAGAACAUUCAGAUUAUGUUCUUAGAAGAAUAGAACAUUCAGAAGUGAAUUCCCCCAUAACAGUUUGUUUCUUGCAGUUCCAGCCUCAACUUGUCCUGGUGGCAGCAGGCUUUGACUCUGUGAUAGGUGAUCCCAAGGUAAGGAGAACCAAAUAUUCAUUUUUUUCUUUCAUUACAAGUUGAUGUGAUAAAAAUGUAUAUUAUUUCUGAAAGAACUUGUGUGUGUGUGUGUUAGGGGGAGAUGUCUGCCAGUCCUCAGUGUUUCUCUGUGCUAACUCACAUGCUGCGGGGCCUGGCUCAGGGGAAGGUGUUGCUGGUUCUGGAGGUAAGAACAACACGCUCUAGAUAUCUUUAUUAAAGCUGCGAUUUACACAUGCAGCCCAAAUCAGAUCUUUUGCCACUAAUUGGCCAUUUGACCAAUCACAUCAGAUCUUUUGCCACUAAUUGGUCAUUUGACCAAUCAAAUCAGAUCUUUUGUCAAUAAUUGGGCAAAUGAAAAUGAUUCUGCUGCCUGUGUAAACGUUGAGUUGGGUUGGGUUGGCUUCCAUACCACGUGAUAUAUCUACAUUAACUGCAUGCAUCCACAUUUAUGGUUACAAUCAAUGUGUGUUGAACGUUUUCUAAAGUUGUGUUGAGUGGAGUUGAUGACAUGUUUCAGGGAGGAUAUAACCUGCAGUCCACAGCAGAGGGGGCAUGUGCCUGUCUGAGGUCACUGCUGGGGGAGUCCUGCCCCCGCCUGGGGUCACCGUCCAUCCCUCAUGACAGUGCCCUGAAAUCCAUCUCCAGGUCCAUCUCUGCUCUGUACCCUUACUGGACCAGUCUGCAGGUACUAGGUAAGUACUGGAGAACCCUUCAUAACCCUUAUAACCCAUUCAUAACCCUUUCAACCCAUUCAUAACCCUUUAAACCCAUUCAUAACCCUUUAAACCCAUUCAUUAUCCCUCAUAACCCCUUCAUAACCCCUUAUAACCCAUUCAUAACCCUUUAAACCCAUUCAUUAUCCCUCAUAACCCAUUCAUAACCCCUUAUAACCGUUUCAAAACCCCUUAUCACCCAUUCAUAAUAAUUCACAACCCAUUUAUAACCAUUCAUAACCCCUUCAUAAAUUGUUGAAUUAUAAUCCAUUAAUAACUCCUUCAUAACCUCUUCAUAACCCAUCAUAACCAUUCAUGACUGUGCUAUGUCUCCAGAGGGAGGGCCUCUAUCAGACAGCGACCCCCUGACCCCAGCCCUGACCCCAGCCCUGACCCCAGCCCUGACCCCAGCCCUGACCCCGGCAGAGAGCAGUGAGGGGCUUAGUGAAGAGGUCUGUGAGGAGAGAACAGGCAGCCUGGACCUGACCACAGGCCUGGUGUACGACCAAAGGAUGAUGGAUCAUCACAACAUGUGGGACAGGUGAGAAUCAGUCAAAGACACCGCAACAUGUGGGACAGGUGAGAAUCAGUCAAACACACCACAACAUGUGGGACAGGUGAGAAUCAGUCAAAGACACCACAACAUGUGGGACAGGUGAGAAUCAGUCAAACACACCGCAACAUGUGGGACAGGUGAGAAACAGUCAAAGACACCACAACAUGUGGGACAGGUGAGAAUCAGUCAAAGACACCACAACAUGUGGGACAGGUGAGAAUCAGUCAAAGACAUCACAACAUGUGGGACAGGUGAGAAUCAGUCAAAGACACCACAACAUGUGGGACAGGUGAGAAUCAGUCAAAGACAUCACAACAUGUGGGACAGGUGAGAAUCAGUCAAAGACACAACAACAUGUGGGACAGGUGAGAAUCAGUCAAAGACACAACAACAUGUGGGACAGGUGAGAAUCAGUCAACGACACCACAACAUGUCGGACAGGUGUGACAUUGAGGCCCUGUCCAGAAACAAACAUGUCCCCCUCCCUGGAAAACAGUGCCAGUUGUUACUCAGUGGAUAAUCCUGGUUAAAGAAACACUAAAUAAUCCCCUACCCCUGAGGGUUCCUUCACUGUCCAGCCCUUGCCUCCUGCUGAAUGGACGCUACAUAAAUAAUGUUUAUUUGGUUGUUGGUAGCCACCAUCCAGAGCUUCCCCAGAGGAUCCAGCGUGUCUUCUCCCGUCAUGAGGACCUGGGCUUGGUGUCCCGUUGCCUAAGGAUACCGGCUCGACUCGCCUUAGAAGAGGAGCUGGCUCUGUGCCACAGGUAACUUCUACCGAAAACUAGUUAAAGAUAUAGGGCUGUUACUGGUUGUAUAGGGCUGCUACUGGUCCUAUAGGGCUGCUACUGGUCGUAUAGGGCUGUUACUGGUCCUAUAGGGCUGUUACUGGUUGUAUAGGGCUGCUACUGGUCCUAUAGGGCUGCUACUGGUCGUAUAGGGCUGUUACUGGUCCUAUAGGGCUGUUACUGGUCCUAUAGGGCUGCUACUGGUCCUAUAGGGCUGUUACUGGUCGUAUAGGGCUGUUACUGGUCCUAUAGGGCUGCUACUGGUCCUAUAGGGCUGUUACUGGUCGUAUAGGGCUGUUACUGGUCCUAUAGGGCUGUUACUGGUCCUAUAGGGCUGCUACUGGUCCUAUAGGGCUGUUACUGGUCCUAUAGGGCUGCUACUGGUCCUAUAGGGCUGUUACUGGUCGUAUAGGGCUGUUACUGGUCGUAUAGGGCUGUUACUGGUCGUAUAGGGCUGUUACUGGUCGUAUAGGGCUGUUGUUACUGGUCCUAUAGGGCUGUUACUGGUCCUAUAGGGCUGCUACUGGUCCUAUAGGGCUGUUACUGGUCGUAUAGGGCUGUUACUGGUCCUAUAGGGCUGCUACUGGUCCUAUAGGGCUGCUACUGGUCCUAUAGGGCUGCUACUGGUCCUAUAGGGCUGCUACUGGUCCUAUAGGGCUGCUACUGGUCCUAUAGGGCUGUUACUGGUCGUAUAGGGCUGCUACUGGUCCUAUAGGGCUGUUACUGGUCCUAUAGGGCUGCUACUGGUCCUAUAGGGCUGCUACUGGUCCUAUAGGGCUGUUACUGGUCGUAUAGGGCUGCUACUGGUCAUAUAGGGCUGCUACUGGUCGUAUAGGGCUGCUACUGGUCGUAUAGGGCUGCUACUGGUCGUAUAGGGCUGUUACUGGUCCUAUAGGGCUGUUACUGGUCCUAUAGGGCUGCUACUGGUCGUAUAGGGCUGCUACUGGUCCUAUAGGGCUGCUACUGGUCGUAUAGGGCUGCUACUGGUCCUAUAGGGCUGUACUGGUCCUAUAGGGCUGCUACUGGUCCUAUAGGGCUGCUACUGGUCCUAUAGGGCUGCUACUGGUCCUAUAGGGCUGCUACUGGUCGUAUAGGGCUGCUACUGGUCGUAUAGGGCUGCUACUGGUCGUAUAGGGCUGCUACUGGUCGUAUAGGGCUGUUACUGGUCCUAUAGGGCUGUUACUGGUCCUAUAGGGCUGCUACUGGUCGUAUAGGGCUGCUACUGGUCCUAUAGGGCUGCUACUGGUCGUAUAGGGCUGUUACUGGUCCUAUAGGGCUGUUACUGGUCGUAUAGGGCUGUUACUGGUCGUAUAGGGCUGUUACUGGUCGUAUAGGGCUGUUACUGGUCCUAUAGGGCUGUUACUGGUCGUAUAGGGCUGUUACUGGUCGUAUAGGGCUGUUACUGGUCCUAUAGGGCUGCUACUGGUUGUAUAGGGCUGUUACUGGUCCUAUAGGGCUGUUACUGGUCCUAUAGGGCUGCUACUGGUCGUAUAGGGCUGCUACUGGUCAUAUAGGGCUGUUACUGGUCGUAUAGGGCUGCUACUGGUCCUGUAGGGCUGCUACUGGUCCUAUAGGGCUGUUACUGGUCGUAUAGGGCUGUUACUGGUCGUAUAGGGCUGUUACUGGUCCUAUAGGGCUGUUACUGGUCCUAUAGGGCUAUUACUGGUCCUAUAGGGCUAUUACUGGUCCUAUAGGGCUGCUACUGGUCCUAUAGGGCUAUUACUGGUCCUAUAGGGCUGUUACUGGUCCUAUAGGGCUGCUACUGGUCCUAUAGGGCUAUUACUGGUCCUAUAGGGCUGUUACUGGUCCUAUAGGGCUGUUACUGGUCCUAUAGGGCUAUUACUGGUCCUAUAGGGCUGCUACUGGUCCUAUAGGGCUGCUACUGGUCCUAUAGGGCUGCUACUGGUCCUAUAGGGCUGCUACUGGUCCUAUAGGGCUGUUACUGGUCCUAUAGGGCUGCUACUGGUCCUAUAGGGCUGCUACUGCUCCUAUAGGGCUGUUACUGGUCCUAUAGGGCUGCUACUGGUCCUAUAGGGCUGUUACUAGUCCUAUAGGGCUGCUACUGGUCCUAUAGGGCUGUUACUGGUCCUAUAGGGCUGCUACUGGUCCUAUAGGGCUGCUACUUAUGAUUUAAAAAGCUAAACUGAUCCUAGAUCUGGACUCCUACUCUGAUAAAUUUGGUGGAUACGGGCCCUGGCAUUGAUGACAACCCAGACAGCUAGUGAGGGUGUUUGAGGAGGUUAGGGAGUCCGGGGUUGUUUUUAUGUAGAUCUGUGUAUCGUCAGCGUACCAGUGGAAUUGGAUAGCGUGUUUUCUGACUAGGAGAGGAAGGGGGAGCAUGUAGACGAUAGAGGAAUAGAAUCGGGCCUAAAACUGAGCCUUGAGGGAUGCCAGAAGUGAAUAUGUGUAUCUACUGUGUCCGUAGCUGUGUAUCUACUGUGUCUGUAGCUGUGUAUCUACUGUGUCUGUAGCUGUGUAUCUACUGUGUCCGUAGCUGUGUAUCUACUGUGUCCGUAGCUGUGUAUCUACUGUGUCCGUAGCUGUGUAUCUACUGUGUCUGUAGCUGUGUAUCUACUGUGUCUGUAGCUGUGUAUCUACUGUGUCUGUAGCUGUGUAUCUACUGUGUCCGUAGCUGUGUAUCUACUGUGUCCGUUAGCUUGUGUAUCUACUGUGUCUGUAGCUGUGUAUCUACUGUGUCUGUAGCUGUGUAUCUACUGUGUCUGUAGCUGUGUAUCUACUGUGUCCGUAGCUGUGUAUCUACUGUGUCCGUAGCUGUGUAUCUACUGUGUCCGUAGCUGUGUAUCUACUGUGUCCGUAGCUGUGUAUCUACUGUGUCUGUCGUGGGUGUUUCUGUGUCUAGCUCUGUAGUGUCAAAUCUAAUGUUAUUUGUCACAUUGCCUGGUAUAGAGGUCCUGGAUGGCAGGAAGCUUGGCCCCAGUGAUGUACUGGGCCGUACGCACUACCCUCUGUAGCACCUUGCAGUCGGAUGCCAAGCACUUGUCAUACCAAGCGGUGAUGCAGCCAGUCAAGAUGCUCUCAAUGGUGCAGCUGUAGAACUUUUUGAGGAUCUGAGGGCUGAUGCCAAAUCUUUUCAGCCUCCUGAGGGGGAAGAGGCAUUGUCGUGCCCUCUUCAUGACUGUGUUGGUGUGUUUGGACCAUGAUAGGUCCUUAGUGAUGUGGACACAGAGGAACUUGAAGCUUUUGACCCGCUCCACUACAGCCCCGUAAAUGUGAAUGGGGGCGUGCUCAGCCCUCCGUUUCCUGUAGUCCACGAUCAGCUCCUUUGUCUUGCUGACGUUUAGGGAGCGGUGGUUGUCUCAGCACCACACGCCAGGUGUCUGACCUCCACCAUAUGAUGGUGUUGGAGUCGUGCCUGGCCAUGCAGUCAUGGGUGAACAAGGAGUACAGGAGGGGACUGAGCACGCACCCCUGAGGGGCCCCCGUGUUGAGGGUCAGCAUGGCGGAGGUGAUGCUGCCUACCCACACCACCUGGGGGCGGCCCGUCAGGAAGUCCAGGAUCCAGUUGCAGAGGGAGGUGACCCAGUCCCAGGGUCCUUAGCUUAGUGAUGAGCUUUGAGGGCACUAUGGUGUUGAACGCUGAGCUGUAGUCAAUGAACAGCAUUUUCACAUAGUUGUUCCUUUUGUCCAGGUGGGAAAGGGCAGUGUGGAGUGCAAUAGAGAUCGCAUUAUCUGUGGCUCUGUUCUGGCGGUAUGCGAAUUGGAGUGGGUCCAGGGUGUCUGGGACGAUGUUGUUGAUGUGAGCCAUGACCAGCCUUUCAAAGCAUUUCAUGGCUACAGACGUCAGUGCUACGGGGCGAUAGUCAUUUAGACAGGUUACCUUGGUGUUCUUGGGCACAGGGACUAUGGUGGUCUGCUUGAAACAUGUAGGUAUUACAGACAGGGUAACUUACUGUGUAUAUGAACUUGAAAACUGCAAUUGAAUCCUUUUGUACUUUGUACAGUCUAUUUAAUGAUCUUGAGGAUGAUGUGCUCAUGAUGCUGUUUUAAUGUCUGUUUUUACGGGGGUGAAGCCAAAGAUACAUUUCCACAUUGUGUGGACAAUACAGUUUUUUAUAAUUUAUAUUUCAAAUGUUGUAAUAAUAAUAAUAAUAUAAUAUGCCAUUUAGCAGACGCUUUUAUCCAAAGCGACUUACAGUCAUGCGUGCAUACAUUUUUACAUAUGGGUGGUCCCGGGGAUCGAACCCACUACCCUGGCGUUACAAGCGCCGUGCUCUACCAGCUGAGCUACAGAGAACCACAGUUUUGUAAUUCUAAGAAUGUGUCUAUAUCUGUAGUUUGGAGCACGUAGCCAAGAUGAAGGCUACAGAGAGCAUGAAGCCGAGAGACCUUCACAGACUGGGAGAUGAGUACAACUCUAUCUUCAUCAGCACCGAGAGCUAUAGGAGCGCCCGGCUGGCUGCUGGGGCCUGCUUCAAUACAGUACAGGCUGUUCUGACGGGACAGGUAAAACACUACCUCCAUCAUGUAGAAUAGACUGCGUGUUAACCUCUAACCCUGCUGGAAACCUUUUUGUGUAUAGUGUCCGGUAUAUGGAACAGUUAAAGUGUUCCAAUGGCACUCAGGCUACCUUUUGUGAGGACGUGGUUUCCUGAAUUAAUUACUUUAAGCCACACGUCACAAAAUGCUUUGGGAAGCUUAUAUGAAGGCCUUAGAAAGGGGUUAUAAAUGCUUCAUAAAGUCUUUGAAGUUGAUGUUUGUUCCCCAAAUACCCAGGUUUUCCAGAAAUCCUGGUUGUAGAAUUCCUGGAUUUCCUGCUUAUUUCCUCCUGAUUCCAGGUAUUUUCCAACCAGGAUUUUUGGAAAACUAAGGAAUUUUGGGGAAAGUCACUCGAAUUUUGCAACCCUAAUUAUCAGACUGUUCUAUGUCCGCCCCCCCCCCCUCCAGGUCCGUAAUGGCGUGGCCAUUGUGCGCCCCCCUGGUCACCAUGCAGAGAAGGACGCUGCCUGUGGGUUCUGUUUCUUCAACACUGCUGCCCUGACUGCACGAUACGCCCAGUCCAUCUCCCAGCAGCCCCUGCGGGUCCUCAUCCUGGACUGGGAUGUUCACCAUGGCAACGGAACACAGCACAUCUUCGAAGAGGAUGACAGGUACAGGGCCAUGCCUGUUCCCUAUCUUGACCAGGAUCCAAAGGGCUUAUGCUUAUUCUCACCUCUUUUACUUUCUAUUGGUUCAUUUCAACUCUGGUUCUCAUGUCUGUCCCCACCUCUGUCCCAAUGUCUGUCCUCCAGUGUCCUCUACAUGUCUCUAACCCUCUCCUUUGUCCUCCAGUGUCCUCUACAUGUCUCUAACCCUCUCCUCUGUCCUCCAGUGUCCUCUACAUGUCCCUAACUAACUCUAACCCUCUCCUCUGUCCUCCAGUGUCCUCUACGUGUCCCUAAACUAACUCUAACCCUCUCCUCUGUCCUCCAGUGUCCUCUACAUGUCUCUAACCCUCUCCUCUGUCCUCCAGUGUCCUCUACAUGUCCCUAACUAACUCUAACCCUCUCCUCUGUCCUCCAGUGUCCUCUACGUGUCCCUAACUAACUCUAACCCUCUCCUCUGUCCUCCAGUGUCCUCUACAUGUCUCUAACCCUCUCCUCUGUCCUCCAGUGUCCUCUACAUGUCCCUAACUAACUCUAACCCUCUCCUCUGUCCUCCAGUGUCCUCUACAUGUCCCUAACUAACUCUAACCCUCUCCUCUGUCCUCCAGUGUCCUCUACAUGUCCCUAACUAACUCUAACCCUCUCCUCUGUCCUCCAGUGUCCUCUACAUGUCCCUAACUAACUCUAACCCUCUCCUCUGUCCUCCAGUGUCCUCUACAUGUCUCUAACCCUCUCCUCUCUCCUCCAGUGUCCUCUACAUGUCCCUAACUAACUCUAACCAUGUCCUCCAGUGUCCUCUACAUGUCCCUAACUAACUCUAACCCUCUCCUCUCUCCUCCAGUGUCCUCUACAUGUCUCUAACCCUCUCCUCUGUCCUCCAGUGUCCUCUACAUGUCCCUAACUAACUCUAACCCUCUCCUCUGUCCUCCAGUGUCCUCUACAUGUCCCUAACUAACUCUAACCCUCUCCUCUGUCCUCCAGUGUCCUCUACAUGUCCCUAACUAACUCUAACCCUCUCCUCUGUCCUCCAGUGUCCUCUACAUGUCCCUAACUAACUCUAACCCUCUCCUCUGUCCUCCAGUGUCCUCUACAUGUCUCUAACCCUCUCCUCUGUCCUCCAGUGUCCUCUACAUGUCUCUAACCCUCUCCUCUGUCCUCCAGUGUCCUCUACGUGUCCCUAACUAACUCUAACCCUCUCCUCUGUCCUCCAGUGUCCUCUACAUGUCCCUAACUAACUCUAACCCUCUCCUCUGUCCUCCAGUGUCCUCUACAUGUCCCUAACUAACUCUAACCCUCUCCUCUGUCCUCCAGUGUCCUCUACAUGUCUCUAACCCUCUCCUCUGUCCUCCAGUGUCCUCUACAUGUCCCUAACUAACUCUAACCCUCUCCUCUGUCCUCCAGUGUCCUCUACAUGUCUCUAACCCUCUCCUCUGUCCUCCAGUGUCCUCUACAUGUCCCUAACUAACUCUAACCCUCUCCUCUGUCCUCCAGUGUCCUCUACAUGUCCCUAACUAACUCUAACCCUCUCCUCUGUCCUCCAGUGUCCUCUACAUGUCCCUGCAUCGCUACGAGGAUGGGACAUUCUUCCCUACUUCAGAGGAUGCGCACUACAACAGAGUGGGCGAGGGGAAGGGAGCAGGGUUCAACGUCAACAUCCCCUGGAACGGAGCCAAGAUGGGCGACGCAGAGUACCUGGCUGCCUUCCACUCAGUGGUCAUGCCCAUUGCUAGAGAGGUACAGCUGUUUGUCUAUCUGUCUGUCAGUCUUGAUGUUCCUUUUGAUGGCGUGGAAGGCCCUUCUUGCCUUGUCUCUCAGAUCGUUCACAGCUUUGUGGAAGUUACCUGUGGUGAUGAUGUUUAGGCCGAGGUAUGUAUCGAUUUUUGUGUGCUCCAGGGCAUUGGUCUUUAGAUGGAAUUUUUAUAUUUGUGGUCCUGGCAACUUUUUUUGAACACCAUUAUUUUUUGUCUUACUGACAUAUAUUUUCAGGGCCCAGGUCUGACAGAAUCUGUGCAGAAUAUCUAAGUGUUGCUGUAGGCCCUCCUUAGUUGGGGACAGAAGCACCAGAUCAUCAGCAAACAGUAGACAUUUGACUUCAGAUUCUAGUAGGGUGAGGCCGGGUGCUGCAGACUGUUCUAGUGCCCUCGCCAAUUCGUUGAUAUAUAUGUUGAAGAGGGUGGGGCUCAAGCUGCAUCCCUGUCUCACCCCACGGCCCUGAGGGAAGAAAUGUGUGUGUUUUUUGCCAUGUACUAAUCUCCACCCGGCACAGCCAGAAGAGGACUGGCCACCCCUCAGAGUCUGGUUCCUCUCUAGGUUUCUUCCUAGGUUUCUGCCUUUCUAGGGAGUUUUUCCUAGCCACCGUGCUUCUACGUCUGCAUUGCUUGCUGUUUGGUGUUUCUGUAUAAGACCUUUGUGACAUCUGCUGAUGUAAAAAGGGCUUUAUAAAUACAUUGGAUUGGUUUGAUUGACGCAGUGGUCAUGCUCAUCGCUAUAGAGGUAUAUACUGUGGGGCUGUGACACUAAUGCAUACAUGGACCAUAUAGUAUAGUAGUAUAUACAGUGGGGAGAACAAGUAUUUGAUACACUGCCGAUUUUGCAGGUUUUCCUACUUACAAAGCAUGUAGAGGUCUGUAAUUUUUAUCAUAGGUACACUUCAACUGUGAGAGAAGGAAUCUAAAACAAAAAUCCAGAAAAUCACAUUGUAUGAUUUUUAAGUAAUUCAUUUGCAUUUUAUUGCAUGACAUAAGUAUUUGAUACAUCAGAAAAGCAGAACUUAAUAUUUGGUACAGAAACCUUUGUUUGCAAUUACAGAGAUCAUACGUUUCCUGUAGGUCUUGACCAGGUUUGCACACACUGCAGCAGGGAUUUUGGCCCACUCCUCCAUACAGACCUUCUCCAGAUCCUUCAGGUUUCGGGGCUGUCGCUGGGCAAUACGGACUUUCAGCUCCCUCCAAAGAUUUUCUAUUGAGUUCAGGUCUGGAGACUGGCUAGGCCACUCCAGGACCUUGAGAUGCUUCUUACGGAGCCACUCCUUAGUUGCCCUGGCUGUGUGUUUCGGGUCGUUGUCAUGCUGGAAGACCCAGCCACAAUCCAUCUUCAAUGCUCUUACUGAGGGAAGGAGGUUGUUGGCCAAGAUCUCGCGAUACAUGGCCCCAUCCAUCCUCCCCUCAAUACGGUGCAGUCGUCCUGUCCCCUUUGCAGAAAAGCAUCCCCAAAGAAUGAUGUUUCCACCUCCAUGCUUCACGGUUGGGAUGGUGUUCUUGGGGUUGUACUCAUCCUUCUUCUUCCUCCAAACACGGCGAGUGGAGUUUAGACCAAAAAGCUCUAUUUUUGUCUCAUCAGACCACAUGACCUUCUCCCAUUCCUCCUCUGGAUCAUCCAGAUGGUCAUUGGCAAACUUCAGACGGGCCUUGACAUGCGCUGGCUUGAGCAGGGGGACCUUGCGUGCGCUGCAGGAUUGUAAUCCAUGACGGCGUAGUGUGUUACUAAAGGUUUUCUUUGAGACUGUGGUCCCAGCUCUCUUCAGGUCAUUGACCAGGUCCUGCCGUGUAGUUCUGGGCUGAUCCCUCACCUUCCUCAUGAUCAUUGAUGCCCCACGAGGUGAGAUCUUGCAUGGAGUCCCAGACCAAGGGUGAUUGACCGUCAUCUUGAACUUCUUCAAUUUUCUAAUAAUUGCGCCAACAGUUGUUGCCUUCUCACCAAGCUGCUUGCCUAUUGUCCUGUAGCCCAUCCCAGCCUUGUGCAGGUCUACAAUUUUAUCCCUGAUGUCCUUACACAGCUCUCUGGUCUUGGCCAUUGUGGAGAGGUUGGAGUCUGUUUGAUUGAGUGUGUGGACAGGUGUCUUUUAUACAGAUAACGAGUUCAAACAGGUGCAGUUAAUACACGUAAUGAGUGGAGAACAGGAGGGCUUCUUAAAGAAAAACUAACAGGUCUGUGAGAGCCGGAAUUCUUACUGGUUGGUAGGUGAUCAAAUACUUAUGUCAUGCAAUAAAAUGCAAAUUAAUUACUUACAAAUCAUACAAUGUGAUUUUCUGGAUUUUUGUUUUAGAUUCCGUCUCUCACAGUUUAAGUGUAUCUAUGAUAAAAAAUGACAGACCUCUACAUGCUUUGUAAGUAGGAAAACCUGCAAAAUCGGCAGUAUAUCAAAUACUUGUUCUCCCCACUGUAUAUAUACACUGUGGCAUUUUAGCUUGCUAGUGAUUGUUGAUGUUUCCUUAGUGCUGCCAAUUUCAAAUCCAAAGAAAUGCUCUCUCUCUCGCUCUCUCUCGCUCUCUCUGUUUUCUCUUUAUUUCUCUCUCUCCCUCGUGCUAGUGAAUUUCCCCUUGAGGAUUGACAUAAUUAACUAUCUAUCGAUCACCAUCUAUUAAAAACCUUGCAAAAGGAUUUCGAGACUAUUAUACAUGAGUAAUAUCAUUUACUUAUUGUUCCACUUUGUGUCAGUUCAGUUAUCACAUUAAUGUUUCUUAUAUUUGUCUAUUAAACAGUUAUUUUCUUACCCCUCCCUCUCUGUAGUUUGACCCAGGCCUGGUGCUGGUGUCGGCAGGGUUUGAUGCAGCCAGAGGAGACCCUCUGGGAGGGUACCAGGUGACCCCCCCGGGCUAUGCCCACCUCACCCACCUCCUGAUGGGACUCGCAGGCGGCAGAGUACUGGUCAUCCUGGAGGUUAGUGGUCUGCAUUAACAUGCACGCACACACGCAUACCUUUGAUACAGUGGUAGCAAUACAUCGUUAUAACAUCUACAGAAAAUGGGGGGGGGGGGGGGGGGUAGGUCUCGGAUGGUUGAGGAGCAGCUCUUGGGGAACUGUGGGGGGGAUCUUGGAGGGUUGGUGGCCUGGCGGUUGGGAGCUUGGGCUGGUGGCUGAUGGAUCGCUGGUUCAGGUCACCGUUUUUGACCUUGUGGGAGAUCUGUCGACGUGCCCUUGAGCAAGGCGUUGACCCUGGUUGCUUCUGUGUGUCGUCUGGAUGGGAGUCUGUUCGAUGACUGAUGUGAUGUAGUUGUUGAGCGGCUUCACUGCAAGUAAAUUGUAUGUUUUAAAUAUUCAAUAAAUAUUAAAAUUAAAAUAAAGUUUCCAAAGGAUGUAGUGAUCACAGUAUAGUAGCCAUAUCUAGGAAAACCAAAGUUCCAAAGUCUGGGCCAAAUAUAGUGUAUAAGAGGUCAUACAAGAAAUGUUGUGGUGAUUGCUAUGUUGAUGAUGUAAAUAAUAUUUGUUUGGUCUGUGGUGUGUAAUGAGGAGCAACCAGACGCUGCACUUUACCGCAGUCAAAUUCCACGUGACCGUUUAACGGUAACUUGGCUUCUCCAAGCUCUGAUGCUGCUGAUGGUCAUUUAGUAGCCAACCAAACAUGCUAACUGCCUGGUACUCAGCACUCUACUGUCCCUCUAAUCACUCUGACAUCAGUGCAAAUGUAAUCGAAAAUCUAAUCAAACACUUCAUGAGAGCCCAUGAGCUCAUGUUGCGCAACAUUUCUAUAGUCUAUGCAAUUGCAUGAGAAAAUAGUUUUGAUGGCCUCUACUAAAAAGAGGAGGAUCCCAUCAGCUUUCUAUAGGCUACUAUAUUUAUUUCUCAACUUUCCUCAUAUUAAGCACAUUGCUUCGCUACAGGAGUAUAGCCUACCUGGCUGGCUUGUGUGCAGUAAGGCUAGGAAUAGCGCAUGCCUUUUUUUUUGCGACUUUUUCUAAAUCAUAGUCCCCCACCUCAUGUAGCCUAGCCCAUAGGCCUAUAUGUUUUAAUAAGGUUUGUAUCACAACUAAAGUCGCCAAAUAACUUCGUAAAAUCUAGCACAUUAAUCCGCUUUACAACCGGUGUAGAGCCUAACUGGCAUACGUAGGCGGCGUGUGAGUUUCAAGUUUGGGGGAAGAUAAUUUUCACCAUAAAAAUGCACCUUUAUAAUAAAGCAUUACAUGCAUAAUCGCAUUUUCGGUCACUUUUGAGAUUGCUGUUUUUUGAUUGCAUUUUGGAACAUUCGUGCUUAUAGCACUACUGCCGUUGCUGCGCUUAUAAUGUGAAGAAAUAGUUUAUAAAAAUGUUAAGCUAAUUGUUCUGAUCUGUUGUAUCAGCCUCAUUGCUUUUAAAAUGUUUUUUGAUGCUAGUGGUUGUAUUAAUUUGGGAUCUAUCGCAUCCCACAACUGUCCCAGACUAUGUUUGGAAUAUUUAUUUCUCGCACAGAAUAGAAUAGGUCAACUUUAGUACUAUGGGGGAUAGUAGAUUGACAUAGGCUUUUGCUUUUGCUGUUCGUUAAGCCUACUCAUCUUAUUGGCUGACGAGAAGUAGAUGUGGACAGUUCUUCUAACAUCUUCAAUAUGCACCUCGGAAUUGGAUAAGAAGGACGCAGUUGCGUUCCCGAUGUGUCUGUCUUCACUUGUAGCCCACUUUGGAACUGAGAUGCCUGUGAGAAGGACCCGAUCACGUGACGGGCAUUGGCUAAUAAGAAUUGAGAUAUCUGAGAGAGCCAUGUGAGUGAGAGGUGCUUCGGAGCACCGCGAUUGACAGCAGGGAGAAGGGAAUUAUAAUGAUUAUAUAUUCAGCCCAAGGGCACAACGGCCACUGGCCCGCAAACGGCAUUGGCUUUUUUUAGGGGGCAUUACGGCCACACAAGGGGGAUGCUGCCGGGACGUUCGAGGCCUGGUGAGAAUAUUAUCAAGUGCUUGUCAAAUUGUGAAUGAGAGACUGAUGAAGUGUGUGCAGCCUCUGCGCAAGAAACAAAUCCUCAAAUCAUCAUUAGUCUCAUUAUGCAGCCUUAGAAUGUAUUAUUAAUCUAAACAUUAUCACAACUAAAGUUGCAUAAAUAACUCUAAAUUUAGCAUAUACAGUGGGGAAAAAAAGUAUUUAGUCAGCCACCAAUUGUGCAAGUUCUCCCACUUAAAAAGAUGAGAGAGGCCUGUAAUUUUCAUCAUAGGUACACGUCAACUAUGACAGACAAAAUGAGAUUUUUUUUCUCCAGAAAAUCACAUUGUAGGAUUUUUAAUGAAUUUAUUGGCAUAUGAUGGUGGAAAAUAAGUAUUUGGUCAAUAACAAAAGUUUCUCAAUACUUUGUUAUAUACCCUUUGUUGGCAAUGACACAGGUCAAACGUUUUCUGUAAGUCUUCACAAGGUUUUCACACACUGUUGCUGGUAUUUUGGCCCAUUCCUCCAUGCAGAUCUCCUCUAGAGCAGUGAUGUUUUGGGGCUGUCGCUGGGCAACACAGACUUUCAACUCCCUCCAAAGAUUUUCUAUGGGGUUGAGAUCUGGAGACUGGCUAGGCCACUCCAGGACCGUGAAAUGCUUCUUACGAAGCCACUCCUUCGUUGCCCGGGCGGUGUGUUUGGGAUCAUUGUCAUGCUGAAAGACCCAGCCACGUUUCAUCUUCAAUGCCCUUGCUGAUGGAAGGAGGGUUUCACUCAAAAUCUCACGAUACAUGGCCCCAUUCAUUCUUUCCUUUACACGGAUCAGUCGUCCUGGUCCCUUUGCAGAAAAACAGCCCCAAAGCAUGAUGUUUCCAGCCCCAUGCUUCACAGUAGGUAUGGUGUUCUUUGGAUGCAACUCAGCAUUCUUUGUCCUCCAAACAUGACGAGUUGAGUUUUUACCAAAAAGUUCUAUUUUGGUUUCAUCUGACCAUAUGACAUUCUCCCAAUCCUCUUCUGGAUCAUCCAAAUGCACUUCAGACGGGCCUGGACAUGUACUGGCUUAAGCAGGGGGACACGUCUGGCACUGCAGGAUUUGAGUCCCUGGCGGCGUAGUGUGUUACUGAUGGUUGGCUUUGUUACUUUGGUCCCAGCUCUCUGCAGGUCAUUCACUAGGUCCCCCCGUGUGGUUCUGGGAUUUUUGCUCACCGUUCUUGUGAUCAUUUUGACCCCAUGGGGUGAGAUCUUGCGUGGAGCCCCAGAUCGAGGGAGAUUAUCAGUGGUCUUGUAUGUCUUCCAUUUCCUAAUAAUUGCUCCCACAGUUGAUUUCUUCAAACCAAGCUGCUUACCUAUUGCAGAUUCAGUCUUCCCAGCCUGGUGCAGGUCUACAAUUUUGUUUUUGGUGUCCUUUGACAGCUCUUUGGUCUUGGCCAUUGUGAAGUUUGGAGUGUGACUGUUUGAGGUUGUGGACAGGUGUAUUUUAUACUGAUAACAAGUUCAAACAGGUGCCAUUAAUACAGGUAACGAGUGGAGGACAGAGCAGCCUCUUAAAGAUAGUUACAGGUCUGUGAGAGCCAGAAAUCUUGCUUGUUUGUAGGUGACCAAAUACUUAUUUUCCACCAUAAUUUACAAAUAAAUUCAUUAAAAAUCCUUACAAUGGGAUUUUCUGGAUUGUUUUUCCUCAAUUUGUCUGUCAUAGUUGACGUGUACCUAUGAUGAAAAUUACAGGCCUCUCUCAUCUUUUUAAGUGGGAGAACUUGCACAAUUGGUGGCUGACUAAAUACUUUUUUUCCCCACUGUAGGAGGACCUGAUUCUUUGUUAACCGCUCAACACAGAAUAGCCGAAUGUGCGCAUUUCCUCAGAAAUCGUUUGGAGAAAUUAUCCUUUCUAUUUUAUUCAGCUUUGUUUAAUUGUAUUCUUCAUACUAUAAAAUAAUAAAUAAAUAAUAAUAAUAAAAUAAUGCCACGGAAAGUCUGCUAAAUGAAAUAGCCCACAGCCAUAUGACAUAGCCAGAUCAGGGCCUAACAUAAGGACAACUCAGAGUAUGCUAUUCUGUUCUUCUGAAAUAGACUACAUUUUCUUCAUAUCAUGUUUCUUUAGACCUGUCUAAAAUAAAUACUGUAUUUAUUGUGAAGGUGUAGGCUAUAUCACAUGGAUUUAGUAGACUUUUUCAAAUGUAGAUGUUCCAAAGGUCUGCAUCAGUGGCUUGUAGGCCAAUGGGUGGAAGCCAAGAAAUAGUAAACGUGUUUAUGUUAAUUAACGGUCAAUUAUCGUGAGACCGGCAGUUAUUGGCUUGACGAUACACCGGCUGACAAAAUGUCAUGACCGCCACAGACCUAGCCAUGGCUACAUGGAGCUAUAUUCCACAUCAGGUAACUGAUGCAAACAGUAGAAUCAGAUUUUAUAAAACAGAUAAAAUAUUGAACAGCGGGGACACAUACACAGGCACAAACACACACACAAACACACACACACACACACACACACACACACACACACACACACACACACACACACACACACACACACACACACACACACACACACACACACACACACACACACACGCACGCACUCUACACACAUGUGGAUUUUGUAUUGCAGAUAUCUGGUGUUAGAGUAGUGGCCUGAGGGCACACACUUAAUGUGCUGUGAUAAGUGUUAUGAAAGGUAAUGUCAUGUAAUAUUUUUUAUUGUAUAUAUACAGUUUAUUCAGAAAGUAUUCAGACCCCUUGACUUUUUCCAUAUUUUGUUACGUUACAGCCUUAUUCUAAAAAUGAUUAAAUUGUUUUUUCCCCCUCAUCAAUCUACACACAAUACCCCCAUAAUGACAAAGCAAAAAAAUGAAAAUUUACAAUAAAAAUGAAACAUAACAUUUACAUAAGUAUUCAGGCCCUUUACUCAGUACUUUGUUGAAGCACCUUUGGCAGCGAUUACAGCCUCGAGUCUUCUUGGGUAUGACGCUACAAGCUUGGCACACCUGUAUUUGGGGAGUUUCUCCCAUUCUUCUCUGCUGAUCCUCUCAAGCUCUGUCAGGUUGGAUGGGGAGCGUCGCUGCACACCUAUUUUCAGGUCUCUCCAGAGAUGUUCGAUCGGGUUCAAGUCCGGGCUCUGGCUGGGCCACUCAAGGACAUUCAAAGACUUGUCCCGAAGCCACUCCUGCGUUGGAAGGUGAACCUUGGCCCUUUUGGCAAACUCCAAGCGGGCUGUCAUGUGCCUUUUACUGAGGAGUGGCUUCCGUCUGGCCACCCUACCAUAAAGGCCUGAUUUGUGGAGUGCUGCAGAGAUGGUUGUCUUUCUGGAAGGUUCUCCCAUCUCCACAGAGGAACUCUGGAGCUCUGUCAGAGUGACCAUCGGAUUCUUGGUCACCUCCCUGACCUAGGCUCUUCUCCCCCGAUUGCUCAGUUUGGCCGGACGGCCAGCUCUAGGAAGAGUCUUGGUGGUUCCAAACUUCUUCCAUUUUAGAAUGAUGGAGGCCGCUGUGUUCUUGGGGACCUUCAAUGCUGCAGACAGUUUUUGGUACCCUUCCCCAGAUCUGUGCCUCGACACAAUCCUGUCUUGGAGCUCUACGGACAAUUCCUUCGACCUCAUGGCUUGGUUUUUGCUCUGACGUGCACUGUCAACAGUGGGACCUUAUAUAGACAGGUGUGUGCCUUUCCAAAACAUGUCCAAUAAAUUUAAUUUACCACAGGUGGGCUCCGAUGAAGUUUUAGAAACAUCUCUAGGAUGACCAAUGGAAACAGGAUGCACCUGAGCUCAAUUUCGAGUCUCCUAGCAAAGGGUCUGAAUACUUAUGUAAAUAAGGUAUUUCUGUUUUUUAUUUUGUAUACAUUUGCAAAAAUGUCUAUAAACUAGUUUUCGCUUCGUCAUUAUGGGGUACUGUGUGUAGAUUUAUGAAAAUAUAAAAAUAUUUAUUUUUAUUUUAGAACAAGGCUGUAAUGUAACAACAUUUGGAAAAAGUCAAGGGGUCUGAAUACUUUCCGAAUGCACUGUAACUGCCUUAAUGUUGCUGGACCCCAGGAAGAGUAGCUGCUGCCUUGGCAGGAACUAAUGGGGAUCCAUAAUAAACCCCAGGAAGAGUAGCUGCUGCCUUGGCAGGAACUAAUGGGGAUCCUUAAUAAACCCCAGGAAGAGUAGCUGCUGCCUUGGUAGGAACUAAUGGGGAUCCAUAAUAAACCCCAGGAAGAGUAGCUGCUGCCUUGGCAGGAACUAAUGGGGAUCCAUAAUAAACCCCAGGAAGAGUAGCCGCUGCCUUGGCAGGAACUAAUGGGGAUCCAUAAUAAACCCCAGGAAGAGUAGCCGCUGCCUUGGCAGGAACUAAUGGGGAUCCAUAAUAAACCCCAGGAAGAGUAGCUGCUGCCUUGGCAGGAACCAAUGGGGAUCCUUAAUAAACCCCAGGAAGAGUAGCUGCUGCCUUGGCAGGAACCAAUGGGGAUCCUUAAUAAACCCCAGGAAGAGUAGCUGCUGCCUUGGCAGGAACCAAUGGGGAUCCUUAAUAAACCCCAGGAAGAGUAGCUGCUGCCUUGGCAGGAACCAAUGGGGAUCCUUAUUAAAUACAAAAUACACACACACCGUGGUGACUAUCUGCUUUGCCAUAAGUACAUUUACAUUAGUCAUUUAUUAGACACUCUUAUCCAGUGCAUUUAUCUGAAGAUAGCUAGAUGAGACAACCACAUACAGUUGAAGUCGGAAGUUUACAUACACUUAGGUUGGAGUCAUUAAAACUCGUUUUUCAACCACUACACAAAUUUCUUCUUAACAAACUAUAGUUUUGGCAAGUCGGUUAGGACAUCUACUUUGUGCAUGACACAAGUAAUUUUUCCAACAAUUGUUUACAGACAGAUUAUUUCACUUAUAAUUCACUGUAUCACAAUUCCAGUGGGUCAGAAGUUUACAUACACUAAGUUGACUGCGCCUUUAAACAGCUUGGAAAAUUCCAGAAAAUGAUGUCACGGCUUUAGAAGCUUCUGAUAGGCUAAUUGACAUAAUUUGAGUCAAUUGGAGGUGUACCUGUGGAUGUAUUUCAAGGCCUACCUUCAAACUCAGUGCCUCUUUGCUUGACAUCAUGGGAAAAUCAAAAGAAAUAAGCCAAGACCUCACAUUUUUUGUAGACCUCCACAAGUCUGGUUCAUCCUUGGGAGCAAUUUCCAAACGCCUGAAGGUACCACGUUCAUCUGUACAAACAAUAGUACGCAAGUAUAAACACCAUGGGACCACGUAGCCAUCAUACCGCUCAGGAAGGAGACGCGUUCUGUCUCCUAGAGAUGAACGUACUUUGGUGCGAAAAGUGCAAAUCAAUCCCAGAACAACAGCAAAGGACCUUGUAAAGAUGCUGGAGGAAACAGGCACAAAAGUAUCUAUAUCCACAGUAAAACGAGUCCUAUAUCGACAUAACCUGAAAGGCCGCUCAGCAAGGAAGAAGCCACUGCUCCAAAACCGCUAUAAAAAAGCCAGACUACAGUUUGCAACUGCACAUGGGAACAAAGAUUGUACUUUUUGGAGAAAUGUCCUCUGUUCUGAGGAAACAAAAAUAUAACUGUUUGGCCAUAAUGACUAUCGUUAUGUUUGGAGGAAAAAGGGGGAUGCUAGCAAGCCGAAGAACACCAUCCCAACCGUGACGCACGGGGUGGCAGCAUCAUGCUGUGGGGGUGCUUUGCUGCAGGAGGGACUGGUGCACUUCACAAAAUAGAUGGCAUCAUGAGGAAGGAAAAUUAUGUGGAUAUAUUGAAGCAAUAUCUCAAGACAUCAGUCAGGAAGUUAAAGCUUGGUCGCAAAUGGGUCUUCCAAAUGGACAAUGACCCCAAGUAUACUUCCAGAGUUGUGGCAAAAUGGCUUAAGGACAUCAAAGUCAAGGUAUUGGAGUGGCCAUCACAAAGCCCUGACCUCAAUCCUAUAGAACAUUUGUGGGUAGAACUGAAAAAGCGUGUGCGAGCAAGGAGGCCUACAAACCUGACUCAGUUACACCAGCUCUGUCAGGAGGAAUGGGCCAAAAUUCACCCAACUUAUUGUGGGAAACUUGUGGAAGGCUACCCGAAACGUUUGACCCAAGUUAAACAAUUUUAAAGGCAAUGCUACCAAAUACUAAUUGAGUGUAUGUAAACUUCUAACCCACUGGGAAUGUGAUGAAAUAAAUAAAAAGCUGAAAUAAAUAAUUCUCUCUACUAUUAUUCUGACAUUUCACAUAAAGUGGUGAUCCUAACUGACCUAAGACAGGGAAUGUUUUACUAGGAUUAAAUGUCAGGAAUGGUGAAAAACUGAGUUUAAAUGUAUUUGGCUGAGGUGUAUGUAAACUUCCGACUUCAACUGUAUCACAGUCAUAUAAGUACAUUUUUCCUCGAAGGAGCUAUCAGCAAAGUCAGAGUAGGAAAGUGUUAAACAUUCUCCCCCUCCUCCACUUACAGGGAGGUUAUAACCUGACCGCCAUCUCUGAGUCUAUGUCUGCCUGCACCAGUAUUCUCCUGGGAGACCCCCCUCUGUCCCUGCCUCCCCUGCCCCCCCCUCACCCCAACGCAGCAGUCAGCAUCAACAAUGUCAUACGCACCCACGCCACCUACUGGCGGUCCCUCAGGAUACAGCGUGAGUCCUGUUUCCCUGUCUCUGAACUUAAUACCAUGGGGAAAUUAAUACCAUGGGGAACUUAGUACCAUGGGGAACUUAAUACCAUGGGGAACUUAAUACCAUGGGGAACUUAAUACCAUGGGUAUUACUUAAUACCAUGGGGGGAACUUAAUACCAUGGGGAUUACUUAAUACCAUGGGGAACUUAAUACCAUGGGGAACUUAAUACCAUGGGUAUUACUUAAUACCAUGGGGAUUACUUAAUACCAUGGGGAACUUAAUACCAUGGGGAAUUGUAUACUGUGGGGAUGUAAUCUUUUCCUUGUGUUGUUUUCCCUCUAACCAGUUCCAGAGUCUCUCCGCCUGUCUCUGCCUUCUCCCAAACCCAGAGGGAAGAGGACCUCUAAGGGCAAGAAGUCUCCCAGACAGGGUAACCAGGGCGGGACCGGACAGGGUAACCAGGGCGGGACCAGCCCGGGUCAGGAGUCACCUCAGACAGCACCUCUGCCCUCUGGUGGUCGGGGCGACCAUGACCUUGAUGACCUCACAAAGGGACUGGUGUCACUCGACCUAAACCGAAGUACCUCAGCCAAUCCCAGCCCAGCGUCUGUCCCAUUGGGAGGGGCCAGAUCGAAGGUGAGGCUCAGUCCUCUGAAGAACCCCGUUAAGGAGUUGAAGACGGAAGCUGUUCCAAGUACACCGGAGAUUCUCCAACCAACACCUGACAAGACAGAGACACAGGUAACGAGUGUGAAGUCAUGGUUACAUCCCAAAUGGCAUCCUAUUCCCUAGUCCACUACUCUGACCAGAGCCCUAUCCAAAGUAGUGCACUAUGUAGGGAAUAGGGUGCCAUUUUGGAUGUAGCCUCUUGGCCAAUAUCCCUGUUUGUAGAUAAUGUCUGUACUUCUGUGUGAGCUCAUGGUGUUUGAUCAGCUGUACUGCAGGCCUGGACUCCGACCACCAUCAGAAACAGACUGCCUGUUUAUUUUCACCGCAAGGUUGUCAAUGAUUGAAAAUGUGAACCUUUUCUCCUAAUGACUGGCUAGAUGAAAUACAUUGUUACUGAAUUACCCUCCUAGGCGGUCGCCAUGGCUUCCUCAGGCCCAGUUACCAAGGGAAACCAGGAGAGUGGUGCUGCGGCGGAGGAGGAAGGGGCGUCUGGUUACUCCAAGGAGCCGGUGUUUGAGCUGUUCUGUGGAGACCAGGACGUGGAUGGGGUAUAGACAAUAUGAUUUCUAUUUUCUCCUUUCAUCUUAGUUGUGCAUUUAUCGAGUUGUUAUCGGUAGAUCAGGGGAUCGAAACCCCUCCCUCUAAAAUACCAACUGAAAGAAAAAUAGUCUAACAUCUCAGGGCGCUGAAGAUGCUGAGAUUUCAUAACAUAUUGGUAUUCUUGAGAUACACAUGUAACUUUUCAGUAUUUUCAAGAGAGCAAUUUCCGCUUGAGGCAGAUAAUUUUUUUUCCUUUUCUGUGUAUUCUCCAUGAUGUGGUCGUGUCUCAGAGCACUAUGUACGUGGUGGAUCCCCUGUCCUGGUGCCCUCACCUAGACUCAGUGAAGCCUGUUCCGGCUGGAGGGAUAGAUGUGUUCCGGCCCUGUGAGGACUGUGGGACCGACGCUGAGAACUGGAUCUGUCUCUGCUGUUACAAGGUACUGGAAACACAGAAUACUUCCUCUUGUCUUAACCUCAUAUUCAUCAUCUCCAGUACCAUACCAGUGUCUGCGUCUAUCGCAAUCACUUCUAUUCAUGUAGAAUUUCAUUUAACAACUGUAUAAAUUCUUUAUCAACCACAAAGCAGCACUCUUCUUGGUAUGGAUAAAUAUAUUGUUGGCAAUAAGAUAAUACAAUUAACUUUAUUGUCCCCAAUAUGUCUUUGCCAUCAUAGCAAGAUUGAUGUAACAUGCCAUUCUCUGACUAGUGUUUUUCUCUUUGGCAUGUCAAGGUGUACUGUGGUCGCUAUGUCAACCAGCACAUGAUAACCCACGGCUUGGUGUCGGAUCACCCUGUGGUGCUGAGCUUUGCUGACCUGUCGGUCUGGUGCUACCCCUGCCAGGCCUACGUCCACAACCAGGUGAGUGGAGGAGUGUGUGAGUGUGUGAGUGUGAGUGUGUGAGUGUGAGUGUGUGUGUGUGUGUGUGUGUGUGUGUGUGUGUGUGUGUGUGUGUGCGUGUGCGUGUGCUUGCGUGUCGGUCUGCUACUACUCCUGCCAGGCCUACGUCCACAACAGGAGACCAACAGUAAAAUGCUGACUUACAGGGCCCUCCCAACAAUGCAGAAAGUAAAACACGUAAUAAUAAAUACACAAUGAGUAACGACAACUUGGCUCUAUACACGGGUGACCAGUACUGAGUCGAUGUGGAGGGGUACGAGGUAAUUGAGGUAGAUAUGUACAUAUAACUAGGGACAAAGUGACAUAAUAGACAGUAGCAGCAGCGUAUGUGAUGAGUCCAAAAAGUUAGUGCUAAAAGGUUCAAUGCAGAUAGUCCGGGUAGCUAUGUAACUAACUAUUGAUCAGUCUUAUGGCUUUGGGGUUUGAAACUGUUCAGGUUCCUGUUGGUUCCAGACUUGGUGCAUCGGUACCGAUUGCCGUGCGGUAGCAGAGAGAGCAGUCGAUGACUUGGGUGGCUGGAUUCUUCCUCUGACACCGCCUGGUAUAGAGGUCCUGGAUGGCAGGGGAGCUCGGCCCCAGUGAUGUUCUGGGUCGUACACACUACCCUCUGUAGCGCCUUGCGGUCGGAUGCCAAGCAGUUGUCAUACCAGCCGGGUAUGCAGUCAGUCAAGAUGCUGUCAGUGGUGCGGCUGUAUAACUUUUCUAAGAUCUGAAGGCCCAAUCUUUUCAUCCUCCUGAGGUAGUACAGGAGGGGACUAAGCACACACCCCCGAGGGGCCCCCGUGUUCAGGGUUAGCGUGGCGGAAGUGUUGUUGCCUACCCUCACCACCUGGGGGCGGCCCGUCAGGGAGUCCAGGAUCCAGUUGCAGAGGGAGGUGACCCAGUCCCAGGGUCCUUAGCUUAGUGAUGAGCUUGGAGGCCACUAUGGUGUUGAACGCUGAGCUGUAGUCAAUGAACAGCAUUCUCACGUAGGUGUUCCUUUUGUCCAGGUGGGAAAGGGCAGUGUGGAGUGCAAUAGAGAUUGCAUCAUCUGUGGAUCUGUUGGGGCGGUAUGCAAAUUGGAGUGGGUCCAGGGUUUCUGGGAUAAUGGUGUUGAUGUGUGUCAUGACCAGUGUUACAGGCUUUGGACGUUAGCACGUGGGGCGCACCAAUUAGUGUCACCUCGUUAGUCAGUAUGUGUUACACCUGUGCCGGCUUGUCCAUCACGUUAGUCGGAAGGUGUUUCACCUGUGCUGUCCCAGGUGAUAUUUAAGAGUGGCUGGCCCAGUGGUCCAGUGGUCUUGAGAGAUGUGGAGGGUUAACACCUUUAGUUGGCUCUUCCUAUUUGAUUUCUAGUCAAACAAUCCUUUAUCUGAUCUUCCCUGAUUUCAUCUUGCGCCACUUGUUGAUUUGCUUCCUGUUUUUCAGUUGUUGUUUUUUUUCUUUGGAUUGACUCUUCUUGGGCAAAUUUAGUGGGCGCUCAUGGUGGGUAUCUUUUAGGUUCCAGUUGUUGUUGCUAGUCAACUUUCAGUGGACACCCCCAUGAGUGUCUUUCAGAACCCCUCCUAAAACCCAACCUGUUUCGUUGAGGUUGUUGUCAGUGACUCUUUGUUAGUUCCCAUUUCUAUUUGAGCACCAAUUUCUGGUUUUCUUGCUGGGGAACGUAACAACAACCUUUCAAAGACACCAGCCUUGACAACAGACUUUCAGCACGCUUAUAGGGAAGGACAUUCAACAAGCACAGCACUUACACAAAUGACUGAUGAUUGGUUGAGAGAAAUUGAUGAUAAAAAGAUUGUGGGAGCUGUUUUGUUAGACUUCAGUGCAGCUUUUGACAUUAUCGAUCAUAGUUUGCUGAUGGAAAAACAUAUGUGUGUUAUGGCUUUACACCCCCUGCUUAUAUGGUGGAUAAAGAGUUACCUGUCUAACAGAACACAGAGGGUGUUCUUUAAUAGAAGUCUCUCCAACAAAAUCCAGGUAGAAUCAGGAAUUCCUCAGGGCAGCUGUCUAGGCCCCUUUCUUUUUUCAGUCUUUACUAACGACAUGAUACUGGCUUUGAGUAAAGCCUGUGUGUCUAUGUAUGCGGAUGACCCAACACUAUACACGCCAGCUACCACAGCGACUGAAAUGACAGCAACACUUAACAAAGAGCUGCAGUUAGUUUCAGAGAGGGUGGCAAGGAAUAAGUUAGUCCUAAAUAUUUCAAAAAUUAAAAGCGUUGUAUUUGGGACAAAUCAUUCACUAAACCCUGAACCUCACCUAAAUCUUGUAGUGAAUAAUGUGGAAAUUGAGCAAGUUGAGGUGACUAAACUGCUUGGAGUAACCCUGGAUUGUAAACUGUCAUGGUCAAAACAUAUUGAUACAACAGUAGCUAGGAUGGGGAGAAGUCUGUCCAUAAUAAAGCGCUGCUCAGCCUUCUUAACAGCACUAUCAACAAGGCAGGUCCUACAGGCCCUAGUUUUGUCGCACCUGGAAGACUGUUCAGUCGUAUGGUCAGGUGCCACAAAGAGGGACUUAAUAACAUUGCAAUUGGCUCAGAACAGGGCAGCAUGGCUGGCCCUUGGAUGUACACAGAGAGCUAACAUUAAUAAUAUGCAUGUCAAUCUCUCCUGGCUCAAAGUGGAGGAGAGAUUGACUUCAUCACUACUUGUAUUUAUGAGAGGUAUUGACAUGUUGAAUGCACCGAGCUGUCUGUUUGAACUACUGGCACACAGCUCGGACACCCAUGUCUACCCUACAAGACAUGCCACCAGAGGUCUCUUCACAGUCCCCAAGUCCAGAACAGACUAUGGGAGGCGCACAGUACUACAUAGAGCCAUGACUACAUGGAACUCUAUUCCACAUCAAGUAAGUCAUGCCAGCAGUAAAAUUAGAUUUAAAAAAAACAGAUAAAAAUACACCUUAUGGAACAGCGGGGACUGUGAAGCUGGUGAGUCCAUAGUGUUCUAUAUCUAUCAGUGAGUCUCUGCUGGUGAGUCCAUAGUGUUCUAUAUCUAUCAGUGAGUCCUCUAUAUCUAUCAGUGAGUCCAUAGUGUUCUAUAUCUAUCAGUGAGUCUCUGCUGGUGAGUCCAUAGUGUUCUAUAUCUAUCAGUGAGUCUCUGUUGGUGAGUCCAUAGUGUUCUAUAUCUAUCAGUGAGUCCAUAGUGUUCUAUAUCUAUCAGUGAGUCUCUGCUGGUGAGUCCAUAGUGUUCUAUAUCUAUCAGUGAGUCUCUGCUGGUGAGUCCAUAGUGUUCUAUAUCUAUCAGUGAGUCCAUAGUGUUCUAUAUCUAUCAGUGAGUCCAUAGUGUUCUAUAUCUAUCAGUGAGUCCAUAGUGUUCUAUAUCUAUCAGUGAGUCUCUGCUGGUGAGUCCAUAGUGUUCUAUAUCUAUCAGUGAGUCCAUAGUGUUCUAUAUCUAUCAGUGAGUCCAUAGUGUUCUAUAUCUAUCAGUGAGUCCAUAGUGUUCUAUAUCUAUCAGUGAGUCCAUAGUGUUCUAUAUCUAUCAGUGAGUCCAUAGUGUUCUAUAUCUAUCAGUGAGUCCAUAGCGUUCUAUAUCUAUCAGUGAGUCUCUGUUGGUGAGUCCAUAGUGUUCUAUAUCUAUCAGUGAGUCCAUAGUGUUCUAUAUCUAUCAGUGAGUCUCUGCUGGUGAGUCCAUAGUGUUCUAUAUCUAUCAGUGAGUCUCUGCUGGUGAGUCCAUAGUGUUCUAUAUCUAUCAGUGAGUCCAUAGUGUUCUAUAUCUAUCAGUGAGUCCAUAGUGUUCUAUAUCUAUCAGUGAGUCUCUGCUGGUGAGUCCAUAGUGUUCUAUAUCUAUCAGUGAGUCCAUAGCAUUCUAUAUCUAUCAGUGAGUCUCUGUUGGUGAGUCCAUAGUGUCCUAUAUCUAUCAGUGAGUCCAUAGUGUUCUAUAUCUAUCAGUGAGUCCAUAGUGUUCUAUAUCUAUCAGUGAGUCCAUAGUGUUCUAUAUCUAUCAGUGAGUCCAUAGUGUUCUAUAUCUAUCAGUGAGUCCAUAGUGUUCUAUAUCUAUCAGUGAGUCUCUGCUGGUGAGUCCAUAGGGUUCUAUAUCUAUCAGUGAGUCCAUAGUGUUCUAUAUCUAUCAGUGAGUCCAUAGUGUUCUAUAUCUAUCAGUGAGUCCAUAGUGUUCUAUAUCUAUCAGUGAGUCCAUAGUGUUCUAUAUCUAUCAGUGAGUCUCUGCUGGUGAGUCCAUCGUGUUCUAUAUCUAUCAGUGAGUCUCUGUUGGAGAGUCCAUAGUGUUCUAUAUCUAUCAGUGAGUCCAUAGUGUUCUAUAUCUAUCAGUGAGUCCAUAGUGUUCUAUAUCUAUCAGUGAGUCUCUGCUGGUGAGUCCAUAGUGUUCUAUAUCUAUCAGUGAGUCUCUGUUGGUGAGUCCAUAGUGUACUAUAUCUAUCAGUGAGUCUCUGUUGGUGAGUCCAUAGUGUUCUAUAUCUAUCAGUGAGUCCAUAGUGUUCUAUAUCUAUCAGUGAGUCUCUGCUGGUGAGUCCAUAGUGUUCUAUAUCUAUCAGUGAGUCCAUAGUGUUCUAUAUCUAUCAGUGAGUCUCUGCUGGUGAGUCCAUAGUGUUCUAUAUCUAUCAGUGAGUCCACAGUGUUCUAUAUCUAUCAGUGAGUCCAUAGUGUUCUAUAUCUAUCAGUGAGUCUCUGCUGGUGAGUCCAUAGUGUUCUAUAUCUAUCAGUGAGUCUCUGUUGGUGAGUCCAUAGUGUUCUAUAUCUAUCAGUGAGUCCAUAGUGUUCUAUAUCUAUCAGUGAGUCCAUAGUGUUCUAUAUCUAUCAGUGAGUCUCUGCUGGUGAGUCCAUAGCGUUCUAUAUCUAUCAGUGAGUCUCUGCUGGUGAGUCCAUAGUGUUCUAUAUCUAUCAGUGAGUCCAUAGCGUUCUAUAUCUAUCAGUGAGUCCAUAGUGUUCUAUAUCUAUCAGUGAGUCCAUAGUGUUCUAUAUCUAUCAGUGAGUCCAUAGUAUUCUAUAUCUAUCAGUGAGUCCAUAGCGUUCUAUAUCUAUCAGUGAGUCCAUAGUGUUCUAUAUCUAUCAGUGAGUCCAUAGUGUUCUAUAUCUAUCAGUGAGUCUCUGCUGGUGAGUCCAUAGUGUUCUAUAUCUAUCAGUGAGUCUCUGCUGGUGAGUCCAUAGUGUUCUAUAUCUAUCAGUGAGUCUCUGUUGGUGAGUCCAUAGUGUUCUAUAUCUAUCAGUGAGUCUCUGCUGGUGAGUCCAUAGUGUUCUAUAUCUAUCAGUGAGUCCAUAGUGUUCUAUAUCUAUCAGUGAGUCCAUAGUGUUCUAUAUCUAUCAGUGAGUCUCUGCUGGUGAGUCCAUAGUGUUCUAUAUCUAUCAGUGAGUCUCUGUUGGUGAGUCCAUAGUGUACUAUAUCUAUCAGUGAGUCUCUGCUGGUGAGUCCAUAGUGUUCUAUAUCUAUCAGUGAGUCCAUAGUGUUCUAUAUCUAUCAGUGAGUCCAUAGUGUUCUAUAUCUAUCAGUGAGUCCAUAGUGUUCUAUAUCUGUCAGUGAGUCUCUGCUGGUGAGUCCAUAGUGUUCUAUAUCUAUCAGUGAGUCUCUGCUGGUGAGUCCAUAGCGUUCUAUAUCUAUCAGUGAGUCUCUGCUGGUGAGUCCAUAGUGUUCUAUAUCUAUCAGUGAGUCCAUAGCGUUCUAUAUCUAUCAGUGAGUCCAUAGUGUUCUAUAUCUAUCAGUGAGUCCAUAGUGUUCUAUAUCUAUCAGUGAGUCUCUGCUGGUGAGUCCAUAGUGUUCUAUAACUAUCAGUGAGUCUCUGCUGGUGAGUCCAUAGCGUUCUAUAUCUAUCAGUGAGUCCAUAGUGUUCUAUAUCUAUCAGUGAGUCCAUAGUGUUCUAUAUAUAUCAGUGAGUCUCUGCUGGUGAGUCCAUAGUGUUCUAUAUCUAUCAGUGAGUCCAUAGUGUUCUAUAUCUAUCAGUGAGUCCAUAGUGUUCUAUAUCUAUCAGUGAGUCCAUAGUGUUCUAUAUCUAUCAGUGAGUCCAUAGUGUUCUAUAUCUAUCAGUGAGUCUCUGCUGGUGAGUCCAUAGUGUUCUAUAUCUAUCAGUGAGUCUCUGCUGGUGGGUCCAUAGUGUUCUAUAUCUAUCAGUGAGUCCAUAGUGUUCUAUAUCUAUCAGUGAGUCUCUGCUGGAGAGUCCAUAGUGUUCUAUAUCUAUCAGUGAGUCCAUAGUGUUCUAUAUCUAUCAGUGAGUCCAUAGUGUUCUAUAUCUAUCAGUGAGUCCAUAGUGUUCUAUAUCUAUCAGUGAGUCCAUAGUGUUCUAUAUCUAUCAGUGAGUCUCUGCUGGUGAGUCCAUAGUGUUCUAUUCUAUCAGUGAGUCUUGCUGGUGGGUCACCAUACUAGUGUUCUAUAUACCGAUCAGUGAGUCUCUGCUGGUGAGUCCAUAGUGGUUCUAUAUCUAUCAGUGAGUCUCUGCUGGUGAGUCCAUAGUGUUCUAUAUCUAUCAGUGAGUCUCUGCUGGUGAGUCCAUAGUGUUCUAUAUCUAUCAGUUGAGUCCAUAGUGUUCUAUAUCUAUCAGUGAGUCCAUAGUGGUCUAUAUCUAUCAGUGAGUCUCUGCUGGUGAGUCCAUAGUGUUCUAUAUCUAUCAGUGAGUCUCUGCUGGUGAGUCCAUAGUGUUCUAUAUCUAUCAGGGAGUCUCUGCUGGGUGAGUCAUAGUGUUCUAUAUCUAUCAGUGAGUCCAUAGUGUUCUAUAUCUAUCAGUGAGUCCAUAGUGUUUAUAUCUAUCAGUGAGUCUCUGAUGGUGAGUCCAUAGUGUUCUAUAUCUAUCAGUGCAGUCCAUAGUGUUCUAUAUCUAUCAGUGAGGUCCAUAGUGUUCUAUAUCUAUCAGUGAGUCUCUGCUGGUGAGUCCAUAGUGUUCUAUAUCUAUCAGUGAGUCUCUGUUGGUGAGUCCAUAGUGUACUAUAUCUAUCAGUGAGUCUCUGUUGGUGAGUCCAUAGUGUUCUAUAUCUAUCAGUGAGUCCAUAGUGUUCUAUAUCUAUCAGUGAGUCUCUGCUGGUGAGUCCAUAGUGUUCUAUAUCUAUCAGUGAGUCCAUAGUGUUCUAUAUCUAUCAGUGAGUCCAUAGUGUUCUAUAUCUAUCAGUGAGUCUCUGCUGGUGAGUCCAUAGUGUUCUAUAUCUAUCAGUGAGUCUCUGCUGGUGAGUCCAUAGCGUUCUAUAUCUAUCAGUGAGUCCAUAGCGUUCUAUAUCUAUCAGUGAGUCCAUAGUGUUCUAUAUCUAUCAGUGAGUCCAUAGUGUUCUAUAUCUAUCAGUGAGUCUCUGCUGGUGAGUCCAUAGUGUUCUAUAUCUAUCAGUGAGUCUCUGCUGGUGAGUCCAUAGUGUUCUAUAUCUAUCAGUGAGUCUCUGCUGGUGAGUCCAUAGUGUUCUAUACACUACCGUUCAAAAGUUUGGGGUCACUUAGAAAUGUCCUUGGUUUCGAAAGAAAAGCAGUUUUUUUUGUCCAUUAAAAUAACAACAAAUUGAUCAGAAAUACAGUGUAGACAUUGUUAAUGUUGUAAAUGGAUAUUGGAGCUGGAAACGGCAGAUUUUUAAUGGAAUAUCUACAUACGUACAGAGGCCCAUUAUCAGCAACCAUCAGUCCUGUGUUCCAAUGGCACGUUGUGUUUGCUAAUUCAAGUUUAUCAUUUUAAAAGGCAAAUUGACCAUUUUGCAAUUAUGAUAGCACAGCUGAAAACUGUUGUGCUGAUUAAAGAAGCAAUACAACUGGCCUUCUUGAGACUAGUUGAGUAUUUGGAGCAUCAGCAAUUGUGGGUUCGAUUACAGGCUCAAAAUGGCCAGAAAUAAAGAACAUUCUUCUGAAACUCGUCAGUCUAUUCUUGUUCUGAGAAAUGAAGGCUAUUCCAUGUGAGAAAUUGUUAAGAAACUGAAGAUCUCGUACAAAGCUGUGUACUACUCCCUUCACAGAACAGCGCAAACUGGCUCUAACCAGAAUAGAAAGAGGAGUGGGAGGCCCCGGUGCACAACUGAGCAAGAGGACAAAUUCAUUAGAGUGUCUAGUUUGAGAAACCGAAGCCUCACGGGUCCUCAACUGGCAGCUUCAUUAAAUAGUACCCACAAAACACCAGUUUCAACAUCUACAGUGGUCCUCUGUAGCUCAGCUGGUAGAGCACGGCGCUCGUAACGCCAAGGUAGUGGGUUCGAACCCCGGGACCACCCAUACACAAAAAAAGAAUGUAUGCACCUAUGACUGUAAGUCGCUUUGGAUAAAAGCGUCUGCUAAAUGGCUUAUUAUUAUUAUUAUUAUUAUUAUUAUUAUUAUUAUUAUUAUUAUUAUUAUUAUUAUUAUAACAGUGAAGAGGCGACUCCGGGAUGCUGACCUUCUAGGCAGAGUUGCAAAGAAAAAGUCCAGUGUCUGUGUUCUUUUGCCCAUCUUAAUCAUUUCGUUUUAUCGGCCAGUCUGAGGUAUGGCUUUUUCUUUGCAACUCUUCCUAGGUCAGCAUCUACAGAGGCUAAGCCGUAUCUGGUAGGAUCGGAGUGGGACACUUUCUUUCUAAGAGAGGUUUUAGCCCGGGGAUAAGAGAGUUCACACUUGGUAAAGCACCAACCUUAGUCCAGCUAGCUGGGCCUGCUCUGGAGAAGGGUUGGCACCUACUUUUCGGGGCUAGCCAAUCAGUUGGAUUGUUACCCAAUUCGAAUAUUCUACUCCAGAAAAGUGGCAGUUGGUUUCAGUUAACUCUGCUUGUGUGAAGCUAGCACAGGGCCAGUCGUAGACCGGGCGGGGCUCGGAACAAUGCCUUUUCUUUAUUAUGUUAUAACUUUUACCACAGCGUUAAUAUUCCCCUCAUCUUUAAUUCAUGUCUGUUUCUCUUCUUUGUCUCUCUGUCCUGCCUUCUACCUGUUGUCCAGGUGGUGUUUGAAGCCAAGAACGCUGCUCACUGUGUGAAGUUUGGAGAGGACAUGCCCCUCUCUAACUAAAGCCAUAGAGGGAGGACGACACAGAGAGAGAGGACGUGGAACAUAUGUUGUUGUGAAAGCAAAAUAUAAAAGACCACUGUUCUGGUCUCGGUGCUAUUGUUAGUGGCUCUGCCUGCGGCAGACAGGAGUGUGCUUAAAAUAGCUCGCGCUCUCUCU